AUAAUUUACAUGUCGGGCUGACAGGUGCAUCAAACAAAGCGGGAAGUGGCGCAAAUGUAAAGGAAUUUCAACCCAAAAGCAGCUGAUAUUUCGCUAAGAGAAAAACGAAAAGAAUAUUUUUGUGUUGUGUUUGAAACUUGUGUUGCUGUGGAUAUAGCAGAGGCUUUGUUUACAAAAGAUCUGAAUCUGAACCUAUUGACCCUUUGGAUGCUGUCACAUCCUCCACGUUGGAAGAAAAACAAACUGUAUCAUGAAAGAUGAAAUCGCUUCGGCUGUCGUUUUUCUGACAGCUUUCAUAAAGAAAAACGAAAACCUAUCUAAAGAGCAAGUCAAAGAAUUUUCCGCCAAAUUGUCGCAACUGUUUGUUGACAAAUUCAAGAAUCAUUGGUACGACGACUGUCCCACCAAAGGUCAGGGUUAUCGCUGUAUUCGUAUUAACGAGAGUAGACCAUUUGACCCUGUGCUGGAGAAGGCAGCCAAUGAUGUUGGCGUGAAGUAUGAAGAUUUGAAACUUCCGACAGAAUUAACACUAUGGGUAGAUCCGAUGGAAGUCUGUUGCAGAUUUGGUGAGAACCACGGAGCAUGUUCCACUGUGGCAUCUUUUGAUAAAUUGGACUCUGCCGGGGAAUCUAAUGGUGAAUCAACCGGGGAAUCUUCUGAAGGCUCAGGAGAUGAGACCACACCCGUCACACCAUUAAUGAAAAUCGAUGAAAUCUUGAAGCAGCAUGAAUUAUCAUCUGGGACCAAAUCGCAGGAGCGGUUCUUAUCAAUGCGGUUGAACAAAAAUGGAACUCCGAAACGUGCGAACGGUUACACCACACCAGGAAAUAAUCAAAACCACCAGCGGAUUAAUAGCAAAGCUAGAAAUAACUAUAACAACUACCAAAACAAAGCCAAACAGCAGUUCAUGCAUGGACCUAAGAAAACCUUCCCGCAGUAUCAUCCACAUCAUCUACCAACAGGGUUCAAUCCUUAUGCAACAGGUCCUCUUUCUCAUCCUCACCCGCAACCUCCUACAAGCAGGAAUGAUAAAUUCCAUUGGGUUAGAGGGCACGACCUUAUUAAGGCAUCUCCCAUGAGAGGUCAUGACCUCAUUAAAUCGUAAUCGUGAGACACCACUUAUGAGGUGUGUCAUGACACGCCACAGUGAGAUUUUGAGUAUUAUGCCAAGAAGUUGAAAAAGAGAAAUGAGACUUUUUCAAAUUGAAAUUAUUUAUAAAUCUUGCACCUGGUGUAUGCAGGAGUUGUUCUGAGUAGUGGAAUUAUCCAAUGAUGAUCACCUCUUGUACCGCUAAGCCUAGAUUCUAGUAAAUUAUAAACUUACAACUGAUCUCAAAUGAAUACUAUUUAAGGGUCAAUAUUUGACAUAAUACUAAUCCCUUUAUCAUAUCCACAUAUCCAUAAUAUAACAUAUUUGCUUGCAAUUGUAUCUUUCAACACUAACUCAACUUGGACCUGAUAGGAGAGAAAACAUUUUGAAACAAAUUAAAUUGAAUAACCUUGGAUAGAAUGUUAAAAGUUCCAUGUACUUGCAUUUACGACCAUGGUGCCAAAUGAGUGUUUGGUUAAUACCCACCUAAUUUAAAAAUACCUCUAUCUUACAGAUGAAAUCCAAGUAUUGAUUUAAAGUACUAACCAUUGAAUAUAUAGAUAUAAAAGUUAAGAAAAUAAAUUUAAGGGCAUUAGAACAUAUCUUAGCAUUUUUGACAAUUCAUAAUCAAGUUUGCCCAGUAAGUCAGCCCCCCCCCCCAAAAAAAAAUAAUCAAAACAGAGCAGAGCCGAAUAUUUAUUAGCAAUGUUAGGGAAAUAAAUUAAUACACUUAUCCAGUCCUUGCUUACAGCUUUACUGAAUUUAAUUGAAAAACUUGGUAACAUGGUCUUUAUUGAAUGCUAUAUGGGUUUAUGCCCUCCAACCAAUGGCUCGCUUGAAUGAAAAGUAAUUAUGCAAUGACCUUAUAUUUCAAUAUAAUUACCACCAAUUUAUGCAUUAUUAAUGUCAACUUUUAUGUAUUCAAACC